AUGCAGUCUCGAGAUGGGCUCAUGUACAACUAUGAGGACUUCACUUGGAUACCGACCAUAAGCUAUAGGCUCUGUGGCUUCGAUAUACUCGACACGCCCAACAAGCCGCGUCCUCUCUGGAUGAAGCUCUAUCACUGGGCCUGCGUCUGCUCACACAUCUGCUGUGUGUGCUUCAUGUUCCGGCGCAUCAUUGAGAGGGACACAAUCAAUAACAUAUCGCUGAUUAUGCGCUACGCUACUCUGGUGACCUACGUCGUUAACUCGGACACAAAGUAUGGGACAUCGCAGCAGAAAAAGGCUUUCCAAAGGCUUAAUGGUAAACUGGCUGAGCUCUUUCCCAAAUCUUAG